CUGAUAGUGGCAUAGCUCCGGAUACACAACAAACGAUUGAUCCAUUAAUGGAUUAUAAUUUUGCACCUGAUCAUGAGUACGAGGGCCCUUCAUCCUCGAUAGGGAAAAAAGGACGGAGUAGGAAUUUAAAAGGAAUACGCCCUUCAGAAAAUAGAGAGAGUAGGAAAUGGGUUAAACUCAUUGAUGAUAAGCUCCAAUUUGCUAAUCCAAACAUCCCUCGGGCUAUCACUUCAUUAUGGAAGUCACGUUUUGAUGGCCCGUAUUUCACAUACGAGCGUGUCCCUCAAAGCAAGAUUGCUGAAAUUUAUAAUUGUUUCACGACACUUUACCAGUGGGAUCUUGCAGAUAAUCGCCAUGUGCGAGAUGCAUUCCUAAAUUGUAUGAAACAUAAAUGGAGUGACAAUCUCAGGGAUGAGAAGUUGAAAUGGGACAAGAACUCAACCUAUGAUACUUAUGUUGUGGAGUGCAUAGAGAGUCAUGGCUCUGAUGCUAGUUCGUGGCCACGCAUGGAUAACGAGGCAUGGGUUAAGGCUGUUGGAGGUUGCUCAUCUAAUUUCAUGCCAGGGAUUGGCUCCCAAGUAAAUCAAAAGAUGGUUGGUUUUACUUACAGGAAGAGACAACCCCGAGAAAACUUAAUAGCACCAUUGAUGGUGUUUGACUAUGAGGAGGCACAAGCAAAACAUCAUGAGGAGUUAGAAAGACAAUGCCAACAAAUUGCUCUGAUGCAACAACAGUUGGCCAAUAUGACACAAGCUCAGAAUAAUAUGAGCCAGACAAUUGCACAGUUUGUUGUAGCAACUCUAGCUGCUCAUGGCAUCUCCCCUCAAGUAGGUCAUCAUCCAGUUGCCCCACCACAACCGUCACAUGGUCCUGGCUCAGCUCUUCGCAUGAAUUCAGCUUUCACCUACUCCACUGAUUCUACACAAGCCUCUCCUACGAUUCCUGAAUAUUAGCAACAAUGGCAAUUUUCGCCUCAAGAUGAUGAUGCAUACCAUCCUGCAUUUGAUCCAGACUAUCAGGGUCCUUAGGUUUUUUAUUUUUUUGCUACGCACAUUAUCUGCACACUUUGCAUGGUUGGCUUUAUUUAUGUUAGUACUUUAAACUGUUAGCUUUAGCUUUUCAUUAUGAUAUCUUUUCUUAUUUUGCUUGACUUCCAGUGAUCAUACUUCAAAAGGUAUGAAGUUUUGGACUACUUUGGAGGUUAAUUAUUAUUAACUAAAUAUUGUGGGUAUUUAAGACAAUGGUGUGUGAUUGCCAUAUAUACUUUGUGGUUGUGGUUGUAGUUGUGGUUGUGGUUAUGGUUAUGUUUAUGGUUGAAAAGGUAUAAUUGUUUUUAGCAUGCUGCACUUGUAGAAUAUAUGUGUUUCUCAUUG